AUGCAAGUGGAUUCUGUAACAGGAGAACGCAGACCUACGAGGUACGAAAGCGGAAUUUGGAUCAAAGCCGAGCUUAAGUACGAUGCCCUUAAGAGGGAGGCCCGAGCAUUGCUUAAAGCACUCAAGAAGUUCAAAAGAUGGCUGUAUACGGUGCAUUUCGUUGUGGAAAUAGAUACGAUAACUCUCGCCGCGCAGCUCAAUCGACAAUCGACGGACUUACUAGGCGCUGUCGUCAAUCAAUGGCUAGCUUGGAUUCGGAAAUUCGAUUUCGAGGUUCGACAUGUACCAGGCAAGAAGAACGUCGUUGCGGAUGCUCUAUCUCGUCGCCCACCUACGGAAGAGGAUCUGAGAGAGGCUGAAGAAGAAGAAGAGAUCGACGACUGGAUUGAAGCGAGGAUACUCAUAGUUCGAGGUCGGCUUCGUCCGAUCAAAUGGGGUACCUCUCGUCGAGAUUUCGCAAUAGUUCGGCCGGUGCUUUUCGAAGAUGAAUAUUCCGAAGGUUCGAAACAGAUGGCGAAAUACCUGCAGGAUCAGCAACGCCCUCGGGGCAUGAAUAACAAGGAUUUCAAACAACUACAGAAGAAUUCGAUGAAUUUCUUCGUUCGAGGAGGUCAUCUAUUCAGAAAGCCGACGGCGAAUAGACCGAGCCGCCGGGUGAUCGACAACGAAAAUGAAAGAAGGAAAAUCCUCGAAGCGAUGUACGACGACUCCGGACACUUUAGACGUGAGGCGACAUACCAGCGAGUGUCUGACCGAUACUUCUAG